AUGCCUGCAGCUGCAGCUCCCGGCCGUCACUGCAUGCAGCAGCAGCAGCAGCUGCUGCUGCUGCUGCUGCUGCUGCUGGCUCUUCUCUCCCAGCUGCCCCAGGGCCUCUGCAGGACACCCUGGAGCAGCCCCAAGGCCAGAGCCCUUUACGUCGGCCGCCAGCUGCUGCAGCAGGCAGCUCGGCUUCCCCCACGGGCAACCGCCGCAGAGGCCAGCAGCAGCAGCAGCAGCAGCAGCAGCAGCAACAGCAGCGGCAGCAGCAACAAGAAGCAACUCGCGUUCCUGCUGUCCCGCAAUCUGCAGCCGCCGAGCGCUUUAAAGCUGCAGAGGAGGGCCUGCUGCGCAGCAGCAGUUGCAGCAGCGUCUCCAGCAGCAGCAGCAGCAGCAGCAAGAAUUUCAAGAGCAAAGGGGAGAGCAGCAACAGCAGCAACAGCAGCAACAGCAGCAGCAGCAGCAGCAGCAGCAGCAGGUGAUGCAGCGCCUGUUGAGAACAGCGUAACUGCUGCAGUGAAUGAAGUGCUCGAGAAGCAAGAUGUUGCUGCUGCUGCAGAUUUGCUGCUGCAGUGGGAGCAGCAGCGGGACUUGCUGCUGCUGACCAGCUGGGAAAGCUGGGCUGCUGCAGUUGGAGUGUCUCUGGAGAAGCUGCAGCAGCUGGUGCUGCUGGUGCACAGCACGGGGCCCUCGCGCCUGCAGCAGCAAAAGCAGCAGCAGCAGCAGCAGCAGCAGGAGAACCGGCAGCAGCAGCAGCAGCAGAAGCAGCAGCAGCAGCAAGAGCAGCGGCCAGCAGCAACAGAGGACGCCCAGGCUGCGGCGUCAGCUGCUGCUGGUGCGACUCCUAAUGAGGGGGCUAGCGACAGCAGCAGCAGCAGCAGCAGCAGCAGCAGCAGCAGCAGCAGCGGGAGGGUGACCUGCCCGAAUGGCGUGUUGUCUGCUGCUGCUUACGAGCUGCUGCUGCUGCUGCUGCGCGCAGAAGCAGCACUGCUGCUGAAGGGACCUCAAGGCAGCUCUUUGCUGCAGCUGCAGCGGCCGCCCUCUGUGGGGGAGUGGGCUGCUGCAGCAGCAGCAGACACUGCAGCAACGGAAGCAGCAGCAGCAACGGCGUCUGCUGCUGCUGCUUCGACCGGCUCAGACACCUUCGGCCUGGGCCCCAGCAGCGCAGCAGCAGCAGCAGCAGCAGCAACAACAGCAGCAACGGAGUUCCAGUGGGACGGCCGCAGCGGGCAGCAAAGUUGGCCAGAUUUGACAGCAGCAGAACAGCAGCAGCGAAAGACUUUGCUGCAGCAGCUGCUCGCGCUGCAUGCGUUUGUGUCUUGGCAGCAGCAGCAGCUUGCUGCUGCUGCUGCUGGCGUCGCCAAGAGGUUUAGUGGCGCUGCUGCUGCGAGGCGCGAGCAGCGGCUAGCAGCAGCAGAAGGCCCCGGGCCAGCAGCAGCAGCAGCAGCAGCUGCUGCUGCUGCUGCUGCAGCACCAAACCCCGACGAGCUGCUGCUCGUUGGCCUCAGAAGCGCCAGAGAAGGAUUAAAGAGGCAUGCAAUGGAGCAGCUGCAUGCAAGGUAUCUUGCUGCUACUGCUCCUGCUGCUGCUGCUGCGGCUCCUGCUGCUGGUGCUGCUGCUGCUGCUUCUCCUGCUGCUGGAGGUGGUGCAUCUACCUCUGGAUCUGCUGAUGGAGAUGAAAAGCUAAGCAGCGGCAGCAGGAGCAGCAGCAAGAGCAGAAGCAGCAGCGACAGCAGCAGCAGCAGCGACAGCAGCAGCAGCGACAGCAGCAGCAGCAGCAGCAGCAGCAGCAGCAGCAGCAGCGCUGCUCCGGGCUGGCCCGUGUACUGGGGGUGGCUGCAGCAAGGAAUGGUCCAGUGGUCACGGCUGCAGCGCGUGCCGUUUGAAAUACCUGUGAGUUGGUGGUCUGCUGCUGCUGCAGUGCGUUCGCUGCAGCAGCAGCAGGAGAGCGAGGAGCUGCAGCAGCUGCAGCAGCAGCAGCAGCAGCUGGUGGGGGCCGAACGAGCAGCAGCAAAGACGCAGCAGCAAUGCGAGCUGCUGCACAUGUCUCCGGAGAAACUUAUGGCAAUUCAAAUUGCCACUAAAAGGCCAAUAAGCACAGAAGCAAAAGUUUCCGGCUUGAAGCCGGACAAGG